AUGGAUGUAGUUAUGACAGGAGAUCAUGUAGUUGGUGAUAUGGAUUUCGGUAGCAGAAAAAGAAAAAGACAUCUAACUUCUAAAGAGCAUAAAAGCAAUGUUAGGAACAAUAACAAUAUGUGGUGUCGGCACAUAGCAGCGAAAACAACAGUUAGGAAGGCUGCCCAACCAUUAAUAGCUAUUAUAGCUUUGACACUGAUUGGGGAUGUGGUAGCAUGUGGAAGAACAAUGCUAAGAACAAGGAGUAUAUCUCAAUACAACAAACAGUUAAUAUUGGACUUGCAUAAUGCAAUGAGGCAGUCGAUUGCGUUGGGACAAAUAGGAGGUCAACCUCCCGCGGCUAACAUGAUGGAAAUGUUGAUAGAAGGGUAUGAAUCAAAUCCAUGUUUAUUUAACGUUAAACGCAAAGAUUAUCAUAAUAAACAGAAACGAAAUGUUGCUUUAAAUCAGUCAAGAGAAAUUAGUCAAAAGCAAAUUUCUGAUAUCCAAAGAAAAUGGAACGGAAUCCGAAAUACUUACAGUAAGAUAUAUGUUGCAAAACUAUGGUACAACAAUCAACUUCAAUUUUUAAAUGAAUUCUUUGUCUCAUCAUUCGAUAUCAAUGAAACAGCCAGUACGUCAAGUAACGAUUUAGAUAUAUGGUGUUUAAAGUAG